AUGAGUUCAGCUUUUUUAUUUCGUCGAGUUCUUCAACAAUGUGCUUCGCGAAGUCCGGUGAGUAUCAUUGCAACACGUUGGAGUUCGUCGUCAACUGAAAGUCAAACUGCCGCAUCGCUCGACCCAGAAUUCAAGAAAAAGAUCGAUGAUUUCGUCAAAUCAAACAAAAUUGCCAUAUUUAUCAAGGGCGAACCCAAUGCGCCACGCUGUGGAUUUUCCAAUGCUGUUCUUCAGAUUCUCAAUCUUCACGGUUGUGAUUUUAAGUCAAAGAAUAUUCUUGAAGAUGAACAACUUCGACAAAACAUGAAGAAUUACAGCAAUUGGCCAACGUUUCCUCAAGUAUACUUCGACGGCGAAUUCAUUGGUGGUUGUGAUAUUCUUCUUGGUAUGCAUCAAUCAGGUGAACUUGUCGAUGAAUUGAAAAAAAUCGGUAUUCGAUCCAAAUUAGCAGAUGUAAACAAUAAAAAUGCGUCAACAUCGAAUUAA